AUUCCCCCAUGCAGACCCUCGUUGCACAUGACCGUGACACCAUCAGGGGCCACCAUAAGGGUUUACAUCGGGCCAUUCUCAGGGACGCCAAGCUCUGAAUGCCAAACGGGUGCACAUUUCAGGCAUCGUGACCUUGCUCCGAACCAGAAAUAGCCAACGUCACAGCAAGGCAUCUUAAUUACUCAAACGAGCGAUGAAGAUGCAGGGCCUGAGAGCUUUCACCAUGUCCUUCCUCAAGGCCGUCGGAACAAUAUGUGCACUGCUUCUGAUGACGCAUCUGAUGCCUGUGCACGGAGAACCCGUGGUAGCCUGUAGGGGUCCCGGAGAGAGUCUGGCCUGCAAAUGCCUGGACCAGUACGUGUCCUGCGACUAUGAUGACCUGACGGAGGUACCGACCGGUGUGCCAAACAACACUGCCACUCUAAUACUCUGGGGGAACAAAAUCACGUCGAUUCCGACAACAGCCUUUGCGAACCUCCCCCUGUUAAACAGCAUACAGCUUUCUGGUAACAAGAUAUCGUCUGUGGACGUGGGGGCAUUCGAUUGGGCAGCCGAAUCUCUCACUCGGCUUGUUUUAAAUAAUAACAAGUUAGAGGCUUUGGAGGUUGGUGUCUUUCGAAACCUCUCAAAAUUAGCUUACUUAGACCUCGAAGACAACUUGAUAUCAAGCUUCAGUGUCGAGCUCUUUCGAGGGCUGUCCAGUCUAUUAUCCAUUGAUCUCAGUGAGAAUAGGAUAUCUUCUCUGCCUGUUGGUAUUUUCGCGGGCAUGCCAGCAUUGAGUAAAGUAAUGUUAGCCAGGAAUAAUAUAAAGAGCAUAGACAACGUUCUAGCUGUCCUACCAUCCACUCUUGAGUCUUUAGAUUUAAACGGUAACUCUGUGGGGAACCUACGAGCUGGUGUGUUCAGCGGGUUUCCCAAACUCGAGUCGCUGAAACUUGAAGCAAAUGAAAUGGAUUCUCUUCCGAAAAACCUUUUCCUUGGCCUCGACAAGUUGAUUUUACUACAUCUCGACAACAAUAUGCUUGUUGAGCUCAACCGUAGCAGCUUUGGAGAUCACCCCAGACUCCAACACUUUAGUUUUGCCAACAAUUCCAUCGUAAGGAUUGAGCGAGGAUUUUUUAGUACAUUUCUUAAGUUGAGGCAAAUAGAUCUUUCGGGAAACGAUCUCUCAAGUCUAACUCCCGGGAUAUUUGAUAACCUUACUUAUCUCAAAUUCCUUCAUCUGGAAGGCAAUAUGCUAGAUAAUCUCGAUGCUAACGUCUUCAGAGGCCUUGAAGACCUCUGGUAUUUGUUUCUACAGGAAAAUGACAUAAAAAGCCUGCCUUCUACCAUUUUUUAUGGUUUGAGAAACCUCAAAGUUCUAUACCUCCACACUAACGAGCUCACGGUGAUAGAGAACGGUACUUUUAGCGACCUCCCAAAACUAGAAGACAUCUAUCUGGAGAAAAACCCGCUGGUGAACAUCACCUGCGACGUGCUUCCUUCACAGAACGUAUCGACGAAGUUGUGGGAAGUUGACGUUGACUGCACGUGCGAGUGGAAACCCAUGUACGAUUGCCCGGAGUUCCCCUGGUUCGAUUCCAUUGUGACGUGUAUAAGUCCGAUCCGUUGGUUCGGCAAUUCGCUUGACGAAAUCCCAAAAAAUGCCCUGACUUGUGCCGCUACUAGAAUGGUUGGCCUCAACCCUAUAGGCAUGGCUGCUUUGUGUCUAAUAUCCUUGUAUGUCACGUUGAAUGGCUAGGCAAGUGGACACAAGAUCAAGAGAUCACGAGUUCGAGUCCCGUGUUUGUUGCUACUGACUACGUAUUUAUGAAGGUUAUACAUCCAGGUAAACAAUAUU